CAUGAUCAUCCCCACUGCGCUGCCCUACCAUCGCGUCGCACUCGUCGUGACGAUCAGCUACGACUUACGCUUGGCUUUACUCUUUACAGCCCAACGUACUUCUCAUAUCAGUUCAUUGCCUGAACGCUUCCCGCAAUCCCAGCCCUCGAGUCUCAGCCCGAGUCCCCGCGAACCACGGCGCACAGACCACCUCACCCAGCGCCAAGUUUACCCCACGUCAACCCUUUUUAUCCAUCAGAAAUCAUCUGCAUUAUUGUCGUCAUGGCUAGCAAGAAAGUCGAAUUCUCGCCCGCUAUACCGAUUCCCCUCGUUUUUGAUGUCCAGAAGCGUAUUCAAGAACUGCACGACUAUCUCGAUCCAAAACAUCCUUGGCACCAUCCUGAACAAAAUGUCAACAUCGAAGCUCUAAUUAAGCUUUACGAGGAGAAGAAGAUCGAUGGUAUCCAGGAAGUCUGGGUAAUGGAAGGCAAAGUUGUAACUAAAGAAGAAGCGGACAAUCGUCCUCGUUCGGUUUGGGUUUGGCGUGAAGGACUUCGUUAUCAGUAUGCUCAAAAGCAUGCUUACGGUCACGGGCCAUUUGGACCUAACUUCCACGAACUUCGUAUGUUCCUCAGGCUAAUGCCACAUCGAGGAGGUGACGGAACGGUCCAUGGAAUAAUAGCCAUGAACGACACUGGCUCGGACAUGCUAUCGCUUUUCUAUUCAGACCUACAACAUCUUGGGAAUAUACAAGGGUACGAUAACUGGCAAGGCGCUACUGGGAUACUCUGUGCAAAUGGCACAAUAAACCAGUACCCAACGAUUGUGGUAGAAGUUCAGCUAGUGAGAGACGAUAAUACACCAUGGUCAGACUGGUUCCCAGAACUCGCAAUAGUCCAGCCUGAUAGUCCAGGUCUACCAAGGCUUUCGGGUUAUGGAAUUAGGAACGCUUUGUAUCUAGGUACUGGUCCAGGUAACCAUUCCCUGGCCGUCGCUUCAACCAAGGGUGGGCUUGCGUCGUUACUCUAAACUUACAUAGGCUGUUAUAACCCAAAAUUUGAGCAGACAUGUAGCUAAUCCGAUCCCCUCUAAACCAAAGUGGUAGAGAGCCGCAUUUAAACCCUUAAUUCUCCCAAAAUCUUAGCCAAAGGAUGGGCUUAAUAGGGCAAUCAAAGGCUGUGACAGGUUUAUAGGCGACAGGUCUAUCGCCGACACAUUUAUACAGACGCCGAUGUUUUGUAGUAGGGC